AUGCCAAGUACUAGAACAAACCGAGCCCGGGCUGUGUGGCUACGGUGCCUAGCAUCGGCGUUCAGGACUGCCCUGGCAUGUACCAUGGUGGGUUGCACCACCCUCUAUGGUCCAGCUUCUCUCAAACGCCAUAUAACCUUCCCUGCGUUCUCUUAUGUGACUGUAAUACUCAUAGUCACUGAUGCAACCUUAGGUGACACUAUUCAUGGUUGCUGGCUAGCACUCUACGCCACGGUCCAGAGCGUGGGGCCGGCUCUGCUGGGCCUUUGGCUGAUUGGUCCAGCUCGGUUUACUAGUGGCACCAUAUCCUUAGCAGUGGCUCUGGGGGCAUUUGUGGUGGUUUUUCCUGAGGGGACUCAUUUGGUAGCAAAGCGAAUUGCAUUGGGUCAGAUUGUUAUCGUGUACGUCAUAGCUUUUAUCAAUGGUGUGCAGACUGAGCCUAUUAUGCAUCCUUUGCAUGUAGCGGCUAGUACUGCUAUGGGAGUCGUUGCUUGUGUUCUUGCCUUGCUGUUACCAUAUCCAAGACUGGCUUGUUGGGAGCUGAAACAGAAUUGUGAAAGGCUAGCUGAAAAUGUUUCUGAGAGGCUGAACCUCUAUGUAAAAGCUUUCUGUGCACAAGACAAUGCAUUGGCGUUGAAAUCUAUCUCUGAAGCCAAGCCAAUGACUGCUGCUGGAGCCAAACUUCUCCAGAGUAUCAAACGCUACCAGCGUGAAAUGGGAGAGACUUCCAUUGAAAUUUUUGAGAAACUUUUACUCGAAUCCGGGACAGAGAUUGCAAGAGCUCGAGAUACCAUUAAGAGGGAUGGAAAUGGCUUUAACCAGUACUACCACUAA